CUGCGAACGGGGAGGGGUUAGUUUCCCACAGGGGAUUUCAACCAUCACACUCAGAGCCCGCCUCCUAAUCCUCGGGCGGAGCGGCUCGGGGGCCCCAUUUUAUGGCAAUAAAGCGACUUAGCGCCUGCUGAGCGCGCCCCUCCCCGCCGCCGCCCCCGCCCUCGGCCCCACCCCAGGGCUCGCCCGCAGCGGCGGGGCUUUGUUUCUGGGGAGGAGGACCCAGAGCUCUUUUGUUUGGGGGGUUUGGUGUUUUCACCCCCCAACCUCACCCCGCCCCGCCCCACCCCACCCCCCAGCACCUCUCCGGUUUCCUGAGCUGCGGGCUGCAAGGGAGGAGCACGGCGUCCUGCAACCCCCUCGGCAGGGCCCCGGGGUAAUUCGAUGCGGGCCUGGCGAGGCUCCCCACGCUAGACCCGGGCUCGCGGCUCGGCUGCCUCCACCCACCGGCCCACCCUACAUUUAGCGCAUCAUGUGAUCCGGCUCCUCAGUAUGAAGAAAAUAUCUUCUGAAUAAGAAUAAGCGGACUGGAUAAGGUUGAAAAGAUGUCCAUACCAAUGUUGAGGAAGCUGUGGUGAAUAUGCGUGUAGGAGCAUGUGUACACUUACACUUUUCUGGGGAAGGAAGUGUAAACAUUUAAAAUGAUCAAUGUGACUCUAGAAACAAAUGGAUGAAUGAGUAUCCAUAUGAAGAGGAAAACAAUAAAGAAUAUCAACACCUCUGAAAACAGAAUGUUAAUGCUUGAUGGGAUGCCGGCAGUCAGAGUCAAAACAGAGCUUUUGGAAUCUGAACAAGGGUCUCCAAACGUCCACAACUACCCCGAUAUGGAAGCUGUUCCUCUGUUGUUAAAUAAUGUGAAAGGGGAGCCCCCGGAGGACUCGUUAUCUGUAGAUCACUUCCAAACACAAACUGAGCCAGUGGACUUGUCUAUCAACAAAGCCAGGACAUCCCCCACAGCCGUUUCAUCCUCCCCAGUUUCCAUGACAGCGUCUGCCUCCUCACCUUCUUCAACUUCAACCUCUUCAUCGUCUUCUAGUCGUCCAGCCUCCUCCCCAACUGUUAUAACAUCAGUAUCUUCAGCAUCAUCUUCGUCAACAGUAUUAACUCCAGGGCCCCUUGUUGCCUCGGCAUCUGGUGUAGGAGGCCAGCAGUUUUUGCACAUUAUCCAUCCUGUACCACCAUCAAGUCCCAUGAAUUUACAGUCUAACAAACUGAGUCACGUUCACCGCAUCCCCGUGGUGGUACAGUCGGUGCCUGUUGUCUACACAGCCGUGCGAUCACCUGGAAAUGUGAACAACACUAUUGUAGUGCCGCUUUUGGAGGAUGGGAGAAGUCAUGGCAAAGCACAAAUGGACCCCCGAGGCCUAUCUCCCAGGCAAAGUAAAAGUGACAGUGAUGAUGAUGACCUGCCAAAUGUGACCUUAGAUAGCGUUAAUGAAACUGGAUCUACGGCCCUUUCCAUAGCCAGAGCAGUUCAAGAGGUACAUCCGUCCCCAGUAUCAAGGGUCAGGGGAAGUCGAAUGAAUAAUCAGAAGUUUGCUUGUUCCAUUUCACCAUUUAGUAUUGAGAGCACAAGACGCCAGAGACGGUCUGAAUCCCCAGACUCCAGAAAACGGCGGAUUCACAGAUGUGAUUUUGAGGGAUGCAACAAAGUGUACACAAAAAGUUCUCACCUGAAGGCUCAUCGGAGGACACACACAGGGGAGAAGCCCUACAAGUGCACCUGGGAAGGCUGCACCUGGAAGUUUGCUCGCUCGGAUGAACUGACCAGGCAUUACCGCAAACACACGGGAGUGAAGCCAUUCAAGUGCGCGGACUGCGAUCGCAGCUUUUCCCGGUCAGACCACUUGGCACUGCACCGCCGGAGGCAUAUGCUGGUGUGAGGGAUGCCACCCGUCCAGCUGAGCGUAAGAGCUGGCUCUCUUAGCGGCACCCGGUUCAGCAGGGCUGACUCCCCUCCACAGUGUUAACACAAAAGGGCAUCACCAUCCCACGAUGUCUGAAACCAGAGCAGGAACAAGAAGGAACACUUCUCCUUUCGGUCUGCAGGUAACCCCCAUCGCGACUCCACGAGAGACCCGUCUUCACGCUGGCCUGGGAGAUCGGUGACACGGAUGCGGGAGAGACGGGCAUUGUUUUCCGUGCUGUGCGCUCUGCCACUGAACGAUGUUUGUAGCUUGUCCACUUUCUGAGCUGUCAGACAUUUUGUUAUUGAUACUGUAAAGGUCAUCUACCACAAAUGGAUGGCUUAGAGCGGAGACCUUUCACAUUGGGGAUGAUUCUCCCAUCAUCCCGCCCCCUAACCUCUUUUUACAGGAAUUUCAGUUACCAUCUGAGUGAGAUAGAACCCCUGUCCAAUCUGUUACCAGCCAGCAGCACCGACGUAGAAAAGAAGAAGCUGUUGGAGAGGUUCCAUCCCCUGAAAAGAAAGGGGCACUCAGGCAGCCCUUUGCAAUAGCGAUGGCGGCAGCUAGAUAGCGCCCGCGACUUGUCAUUAUGCCAUGCCCUGAAGAAAACCAACAUUGAGUCUUUCAUGUGUUUGUUGUUGAUUGUUUUUGUUUUUUGUUGUUUUUUUUUGUUGUUGUUUUGAUUCUGUUUUGUUCAUCUGUUCACGCAGAGGGGUGGCGACAUUUCAGUCGGAGUCUGGUCCCGGUGUCUGCCCUGGCACGGACUGGCACAGGGCUGUUCUGUGGUUGAAUAGGAAGAGCCUGUCUAAAAAACUACUGCCCCACUUCAAAUUGCAGUGUUCUGUCACCCAGGCAUCAUCUCUUCCUGCCCCUAGGAUUUGAUUACAAGGAAUCAGGGGGGAGGGAAAAACUUUCUUAGACACACUGGCACCAAGGUAAGGAGAGGUGGGGCUGCCCAGGCAAAGUCAGUGAACAUGAAAAAUCAGACAAAGCAGAGAUGGAAAUAAUGUGCCUCUUGAGGAGAAAAGCAAUAACGAAUAAAAGGACUUUCCUACAAUAACUUCACUGAGGACUCACGUUACCAAUUUUCAUACUUACUAAAGGGAUUGUAAAAAACACCCCAGCAUUUUAGAGGUCUUGGUUACAUGUACAGCACUGAGGUAAUCUUUCUGCUGUUUGUUGUCCUGCUAGGUUGACUACCACAAUUAAAGAUUAUGCUCCCCUCCUCUUGUUUGAAAACGGUUAUUUGGUGACGAGGCCAGGGAGGCAUAGCAGGGAAUUAACUCUUGGGUUAAUGGGUCAGCUCUCCUUGGAACACAGUCAGCAGCAAGGGCGUGCUCCCCGAGGAAAGCCUGACAUGGUGCUCGUUUCCUCACUUGAAGCCAAGGCUACGCGACGCUCCAGUGGGUUCUUCUAUACAGACUUCGUUUUUUCUACACUGUGUCAGGACCCGGUGGUUCUGCAUUGGCACCUGCAGGGAUGUUGAACCCACUCAUCCUGUGCUGAGGGUGAGAGGAAAUUACAGUCCUGUCAACCCCCUAAAAUUAUGAGCCUUUUUGGCAUCUAGCAAAGUAUACAGUAAACAAAGCAAUACAUUAUCAACAAACAUUCUUUCAAAAAAAUUACCAUAUUUCCCCCCCCACUAAAAGCUGGGUUUUUUUCAGCUUUAUGUGGUUAAGGGGCUUGGUGAGGUUUUUAGUUAUUAUUGUUGUUAAGAUUUUUUAUAGCUUAGAUACAAAUGUUGCCAGCAUAUAGACUUUUGCAAUAUAUUUUCAUUAAAAACACUUGAUUUUUGGAAUUGCACAAAUUAACCUCACAAUAUUACUAGCUCAUUUUUAACUGUUUGAACAUUCUGAAAUAAUUUCCAGUUGCAGAAUUAUCCUUUUUUUAGGGUCGUCUUCUAAUUCAGUUAAUCUUAUUCAGAUGAAGCAAGGAUUAUAAACAUUGAAACAAAGGCAAUUUGUGUUGGAUGGUAUUAAAAGGAAUUAUUUUUUAAUGUUCAAGCAACAGCAUAAUGAUUUUCAGGUCAAAUUCUGUCUUUAGAAAUAUGUGCUCUGCAUUUUCUGCCAGGUCUGAAAAAUUCAUCAGGCAAUUUCCCUCCAACAAGGGCUGCAAUUCUAUUGACAAAUAGCUUCUUUAGCUACACGAUCUACUACCCACCAAGCACUGGGAUUUUUUUUUUUUUUUUUACCAACUGGAAAGUUUUUUAUCUGUACUGUAUGCAACUGCUACUUCUCAUUGCCUGUGACCACGUGGAAUAGAGAAGGGUUGCUUGAGGCAUGCCAGCAUUGGUUAUUGGUCAGCAGCAAAGAGCACAGAGUGGGGAACCCUCUCAGCUAGUCCCAGAACCUAGUUGGCAGGUAGUAGGUGAAUCACUCAGGUGACGUGUAGGCUUAAUUUCAUCCUAAGAAGGGCCAAUCCUGCUGAGAGAUGUCUUGAGGGUGUUACAGGUAGGAAUAGUUUGUCGAAUUCAUGAAACUGACAGGCAGUGGGAGCUUCCUGAGUGGCAGCUUGAUUUAAAUUUAGCCCAGAACCAAAUGAGCUGCUCCUCUAUAAUAACAUAGGAAAGAUUUGGGUAAGUGCAUAUUUCUCCUCAUCCUCUGAAAGGGGGACCAGACUGAGACAGUAAGGUAACUGCUAAAACCUGUCAGUGUUAACACCAUUCCCUCUUUGACGUGUCUAUACUUCUAAGGAGGAAUCCAAGCACAAGUAGUGAAUGAGUUGCUGUUCUCACCCCAAGACUCGAACUUACUUGAGUUUUCUACAAAUGUUCCCCCAUGGAAUGGAAAGUGGUUUGGGAGAGAAGGAAUUGGCUUUAUAAGUAGGAAUGUCUUUAGGCAAAGAAUAGCCCCCUCCAUGUAGUUUUAUGUCCAUUCUAGCCUCGUUUAAAAAGCACAGUAGAUAAUGAAUAGAAUAAGUAGAAUCUGAAGGACUCAUCAGAUGUUCCUUCCCUAGAAGUGUUCUUUGGUCUGAAAUUUGAAGCUGUUCAGCCACUUUGCAGCUGGACAUGUGUGCAUGUUUGGGAACUUACACACGGGUGCCAGUGAUGGCUUGAGAAGCUACAGGAGACCGGGCUAUCUCUCUGCAUUGUGGAGACAGUUCAAGGGAGUUCACAUGAUUUGAAAAGCACUAAGGUUCAGGCUUUGAGGUUUAAAUAGAUUUUCUGUUCAUGUUCUGAUCUUAAGUUGUCAGAAAGAGAUUCACACUUCCCCAUCCUCCUCCAGCCCCAUCCUGUCAACUGUGUGCGGACUCGGAGAAGCCUGCUGGAUAACUUACAUUCUCUUACGGCAUUUAGACUGAAAUUCCUAAUGACUUGACCGUAAAGAUCAUACUACUGCCUGGCAUUACUUUUACAAAGCACUAUUGGACAUUUAUUUCCAAAAAGCAGUUGAGUAACAGUAACAUAAACCACAAUGGGGGAAAAGAGCACUUUUUUUUUUUCCACUUUACAGUUUAAGUGGAAAAUAGGAAGAGGGUUGUUGGGGGAGGAAGGGAUCUUACAAAAAGCUACAGUGUUUACAAUGCCAGUUCUAGAUUAGAAAGGCCAUUCUCAUGCUGGUUGAAAUUUUGAAUAGCUCAUACAAAGCUGUGUACAUUUUUAUACAACCUUUUUAAACUUCGAAUUGCCAUUUGUGUUUCAAACCUAAGUAUAAUUCUACAUUUAUGGAAUCAGUUCAUUAGAAUGACAACAUGUAUAUGGAUAAAGAUGCAGUAUUCCUAUUCUGUACUUUAUUUAUUAUACUUACCAAAGCAACAGUUGAAUAAAUCUGGUGAGGUGAGGCCUUCAAAUGUAUUAAUACGCCUUUGUUAUGUUGUUAUGACUGCUUAGAAAUGUGGCCAGAAUGUUGUUAUAAAGGUGUCUUAGCAUUGAUAGUAAGGGUUGACAGAAUUCAGCUGAUAAGAAUACCAGCAUGGAUGAUACAUUGAGUUAUGACCUUCAUAAAAGGGACUGGACAUGUCUUUUAUGCAUCAUAAUAGGCCCAGGAAGCCUUAAUGCUCAUAGUCCAUAAUCCAGUCUCAGAUUUUGCUCUUUACUAAUGCCUAUAGAUUGCAGGAGUAAAUGUAUUCUACAACUUCACUGACCAAAUCUCUUUGUUCAGUUAUUCUGAGGUAGUGUUAUCUCAUUUAAAAAAUCUUUUGCUUUGAUUUAGUUUUGUUUAAAAAUGAGGUUUGGUAAGGUAUGUCUUCCAUAUUACAUUUCUACUUAUCCCCACACUGCCAUGUACUUACCUGCACAGGCACCACUGAUACAUGCAUACCUGUAUACACACCUGUAUAUGCAGCAGCCAGUGGCUCACAAAUAUCAACAGAAAACUUUUUUAAAAGAAUGAGUUUGUAAUAAUCCAUACUGUCUACAAAUGUAAGUUAUUUACCUUAAUGGGGAAUCCGCUUAUAAUGCUAUAUAUGACUUUGCCUGCAUUUUAUAGUUAAGAAGUGUACAUAAAAAUUUUAAAUGCUAUAUUUUCACAGGUUCAUUAUAGAGUAAUGUCUGUUUAGCAACUCAUGUCCAUUGGUACUUUAAGUGUGCUAAAUACUGUGCAAUUGCAAUAGAAAUUCAGAUUUUCAUAAGAAAAUGAAAUUGAGGAUACUGCAUCUUUAAAAAAUAGAGUGAAGAUAUUUUGCUGUAUUCGUAACAUAUGUGAUAGUGGAAAAAGUAUUUUCAAACACAAAUUUUACAGGGGUUGUAAAUAGUUUGAUGAAGUAUAUUGGGAAAAAGAGCUUCUAGUUUUCAUCACAAUAAAAAAAGAAAACUUGUUCAGAUAUGCCUUGUAUGUCUUACAUACAAUUAGCGAUAUUGCCAUGGGAACUCUGUUCCACAUUCUCACAGCACAUCCCUUGUGCUCUGACAAAUUGAGUGGCCACUUGUCUCAAUUCAGCCAGGGUGGUUUACAACACAUUGAAAUCAUUUUAAGUUGCAGACAACUGAUUCCAAACUCAAAAUGUCUUUACCUGAAAAGGGGGAAACAGUUGCACAGCUUUUUGCUUAUGCUAAAGAGAAGCAUCUAGCCAUUGUUCUCUUUUCUCAGUUAUCUUCCUCCUCAACCAAGUAGUUCUUGAUAAAAAUGAAAACUAUGCAGGUGUUGGUGUUUAUUCUUGUUUAAUUACUGAGGGUAUACUUUUAGGAGUAGCUACAUCUUGACAAGAUUAAGUGUUAUGGAUUCGGCCACAUGUUAAAUGAGUCUAUACUGGCAAUAGAAAUAAGCUAAUACCCAUUUUCCGAAGUGAUUAAAUGCUGAAAGUGCCUGUCAAUAAACAUUAUGACCAAUGAGAUAUUCCUAUACUUUUACACAGCAAUAAUUCUUCUUCAGACUGGGUUUUUCCUCUACAUUUGGGAAACGCAUGCAUAUAUGCACACAGUAAUUUGGAUCUGUUCACACACCCACAAAAGAAUUCUCUUGUGUCUUCUUAAAUAUACCCAAUCUUGUUUAUGUUGGCAUUUCUUAAAUCAGUCUUACAGAACGUCAGAAUGCAAACCUGAAUCUUAAAGUUAUCUUCAACAUACACUAUGGCAUAUGGCAGUUACAAUUUUAAGAUAAAAACUUCACUAUGAUUUGCCCCAAACCUAGGAAGCACUGAGAGUGCCUCAAAAAGUUUUGUUUAUUUAACAGAAGCCAAUUUGUUUAGAGCAAAACACUAGAGAUAUUUGUUUGCCUUACUUUAUCUACUAAUAUCAAAUGCCCAAAUCCAUCUUUGUUUCCCUUUUCCCUGAUAUUUUCUGUUCUCAUCGAAGAGCCAUUUUUGGAAUGAAUAUUGACACAAUUAUCUAUCUCCUAAAAUGUCUACUGAGAUAUAACUGACAUCAAGUAAACCAAGGUUUGCAGUUCAUCCUGGAAAUUUCCAGAUUUACGUUUAGAACCUCACAACUUUGAGCUAUCAUUAUUUAACUGCUAAAAGUGGAGUUAUGAAUAGAAAUAUACAAUGAAAUUAUAUGGGUAGACAAGAGCACUGGAAAUUCUCCAGCCCUGCCAUCUCAGCAUAAAUACACCCAAACAAGCUAUUGAGGGCUAUCAGUAAAAUUAUACUCUUGUAGAGCCAAACAUUUGGUAAGAGCAAUUUAAAAGCAUGACGGUAAUUAAACACUCGGGUUGUAGACAGUGAAGGUGACCCGGAUGCCCGGUGUUCUCCAGAACCAGACCCCAGGCCUAGAAAGCCCUCUACCGCUUCCUCCUCCAAGUUUCAGAAAGAAAGAAAUGAGGCCGGAGAAGGUGGAAAAUCAAUUAAGUGUCAAAGGAAAGCCUUAACCUUACUAAAAUCAAGUCUUCUGACUGGGCUGCUUUCUGGAAGUUGUCUGAAAGUACUAUCAGAACAUGAAAGCUCAAAAGGUUAGCAAGCUAUGAAACAACGGCUAUUCUUUAUUAAACACUUGCAUGUGCCAAGCCCUGUACUAGCUAAUUUUUUAAGACACAUUACCUCUCAUCUGUACAACAAUUUCAGAUUUUAUGGAUGGUAAACUGAGGCACUGAGAGAGGCUAUGUGGUCCUCAAACACAGAAAUCAUAAAUGGCAAAGUGGGGAUGUGAAGCGACCUGUCUCUGGCUCUGAAGCCCAUAUUCUUUCCACCACAGCACCUAGCACCUGUGUACCCAGCAGCCAACUUUCCAUAUCUAACUCUUAAGUAGCUUUUAUUAUGAAUGCAUAGUUAUCAUAUUUUCCAAGUAAGAUACAGGGACAUGCUAUAGCACAUGACAGUGGAACAGAAUAUUUGAAAUCUGUCUUCUCCUAG